AUGGAGCUACGACCCUACCAGUGGGAGGUGAUCAUGCCUGCCCUGGAGGGCAGGAAUAUCAUCGUGUGGCUGCCCACGGGCGCGGGGAAGACCCGGGCGGCUGCUUACGUGGCCAAAAGGCAUCUCGAGACUGUGGAUGGAGCCAAGGUGGUCGUAUUGGUCAACAGGGUACACCUGGUGACACAGCAUUGUGAGGAGUUCAGGCGCAUGCUGGGUGGGCGUUGGGCCAUUGCAACCCUGAGUGGGGACAUGGGGCCUCGUGCUGGCUUUGGCCAUGUGGCCCAGAAGAAUGACCUGCUCAUCUGCACAGCUGAGCUGCUGCAGCUGGCACUGACCAGCCCUGAGGAGGAGGAGCACGUGGAGCUCACGGCCUUCUCUCUCCUCGUGGUGGAUGAAUGUCACCACACGCAUAAAGACACCGUCUACAACAUUAUCUUGAACCGGUACCUGGAGCAUAAGUUCCAGAGGAGGCAGCCCCUGCCCCAAGUGCUGGGCCUUACAGCCUCCCCAGGCACUGGCAGGGCCACCAAACUCGAUGGAGCCAUCGACCACAUCCUGCAGCUCUGUGCCAACCUGGACACGUGGCGCAUCAUGUCACCCCAGACCUACCUGCCCCAGCUGCAGGAGCACACCCGCCAGCCCUGCAAGCAGUACGACCUCUGCCACAGGCGCAGCCAGGACCCGUUUGGGGAUAUGCUGAAGGAGCUCAUGGAACAGAUACACGACCACCUGGAGAUGCCUGAGUUAAGCCAGGACUUCGGGACUCAGAUGUAUGAGCAACAGGUGGUGGAGCUGAGCCUGGCCGCGGCUGAGGCCGGGCUCAAGGAGCGGCGGGUGUAUGCGCUUCACCUGCGACGCUACAACGACGCGCUCCUCAUCCACGACACGGUCCGCGCUGUGGACGCCAUGGCUGCGCUGCGAGAUUUCUACGACAGGGAACGUGCCACCAAGACUCAGUUCCUGCUUGCUGAGCGCUGGCUGCUGACACUGUUCGAUGACCACAAGAAUAAGCUGGCCCUCCUGGCAACUCAUGGCCCAGAGAACCCCAAGCUGGAGAUGCUGGAGCAGAUCCUGCGGGAGCAGUUUAGGAACCCCAGUGGCCACCGGGGCAUCAUCUUCACCUGCACCCGCCAGAGCGCUCACGCCCUCCUGCUGUGGCUCCAGCAGCAGCCUGGGCUGCAGACAGUGGACAUCAGGGCCAAGAUGCUGAUCGGGGCCGGGCACAGCACCCAGAGCAUCCAUAUGACCCAGAGGGAACAGCAAGAAGUGAUUUGCAAGUUCCGGGAUGGCACCCUGAACCUCCUGGUGGCCACGAGUGUGGCGGAAGAGGGACUGGACAUCCCCCAGUGCAAUGUGAUUGUGCGCUACGGGCUCCUGACUAAUGAGAUCUCCAUGGUCCAGGCAAGGGGUCGUGCUCGGGCUGAUAAGAGCGUGUACUCAUUCGUGGCAACCCAGGGCAGUCGGGAACUGCGGCGGGAGCAGACCAAUGAGGCACUAGAAGCUCUGAUGGAACGGGCAGUGGCUGCUGUGCAGAAGAUGGACCCAGCUGAGUACGAGGCCAAGAUCCGGGACCUGCAGAGGGCGGCCCUGGUCAAGCGGGCAGCCCAGGCAGCGCAGCAGGACAGCCGGCGGCGGCAGUUCCUGGCAGAGCACAUCAAGAUCCUCUGCAUCAACUGCACGGUGGCCGUGGGCUACGGAAGUGACCUGCGGAAGGUGGAGGGUGCCCACCACGUCAACGUGAACCCCAACUUCUCGAUCUACUACAACGUCUCCAACAAGCCUGUGGCCAUAGACAGAGUCUUCAGGGACUGGGUGCCCGGGGGUGCCAUCAGCUGCAGGAACUGCGGGGAACCCUGGGGUCUGCAGAUGAUCUACAAGUCGGUGACGCUGCCCGUGCUCAAAGUCUGCAGCAUGCUUCUGGAUACGCCGCGGGGGCGGGUCCAGGUCAAGAAGUGGUCUCGUGUGCCCUUCCCUGUGCCUGACUUCGACUUGGUGGAGCACCUGUCAGACCUGUCCCUGAACUGACCGUCUUGUCACUGCAGUAUCCAGUUCAGGCUGUAGGGGGCAGGAGAGUCCGCAGCAGCCACCGGCUUUCCCUGAG